CAGAUGGGGGGAGGAGAUGCAGGACAAAGGGAUGGACAGACGGACAGAUGGAGAAGGGAAAGGGCAGAUGGAUGGAGGAGCACCUCGUGGACGGACAGACGGACACAGAGACAUGGAGAUGGACAGAUAGAUGGGGGAUUACCCCAUGGAUGGACGGACAGGCAGGCGGAGGGAGGGAGGAGACGGAGGAGAGGACAAAGGGGUGGACAGACAGAUGGAGGGAGGUGGACACAGAGAUGGAGGAGCACCUCAUGGAUGGACAGACGGACAGGUGGAGAUGGAGAUGGGUAGAUAGAUGGAGGAGCACCCCAUGGACGGACAGACGGACAGACGGCCGGGCAGGGAUGCGGCAGGAGGGAGCGCGGGCAGGUGGUGGUCGGGACGAGCCGGGGGUGGAACGGGAGAUGGACAGAGGGAUGGAGAGGGGUGGAGAGGGGUGGAUGGACGGACGGAUGGACAGACGGGUGGACGGACAGACGGAUGGACAGACGGGUGGAUGGUGCCGUAGGUGCUGGACGCGGCGCGGGAGGCGGAGGAGCUGGUGGGGAAGUACGAGGAGCUGGCGGGGGAGCUGCUGGGCUGGAUCGAACAGACCAUCCUCACCCUCAACGACCGGCACUUGGCCAACGCCCUGCCCGGCGUCCAGAACCAGCUCCAGGCCUUCAACACCUACCGCACCGUGGAGAAACCCCCCAAGUUCAUGGAGAAGGGCAACCUGGAGGUGCUGCUCUUCACCGUCCAGAGCCGCAUGAGGGCCAACAACCAGAAGGUCUAUGUGCCGCGGGAGGGGAAGCUCAUCUCCGACAUCAACAAGGCGUGGGAGCGGCUGGAGAAGGCGGAGCACGAGCGGGAGCUGGCGCUGCGCACGGAGCUCAUCCGGCAGGAGAAGCUGGAGCAGUUGGCCGCGCGCUUCGACCGAAAGGCCGCCAUGAGGGAGACCUGGCUGAGCGAGAACCAGCGCCUCGUCGCGCAGGACAAUUUCGGGACGGACCUGUCGGGGGUGGAGGCGGCGGUGCGGAAGCACGAGGCCAUCGAGACGGACAUCGUGGCCUACAGCGAGCGGGUGCAGGCGGUGAGCGCGGUGGCGGCCGAGCUGGAGGCCGAGCGCUACCACGACAUCCGCCGCGUCCUCACCCGGCGCGACAACGUGGGGCGGCUCUGGGAUUUCCUGCGGCAGCUGCUGGCCGCCCGGCGCGAGCGGCUGCUGCUCCACCUGGAGCUCCAGAAGAUGCUGCAGGACCUGGGGCACCUCACGGACUGGAUGGAGGAGAUGAAGGGCCGGCUGCGGUCGCAGGAUUUGGGGAAGCACCUGCGGGAGGUGGACGACCUCCUGCAGCUCCACGGCCUGGUGGAAGCCGACAUCGCGGCGCAGGCCGAGCGGGUGCGGGCGGUGGGCGCCGCCGCCCAGAGGUUCGCCGGGGACGGCCAGGGCUACCAGCCCUGCGAGCCGGCCACCGUGCGGGAACGGGUGGCCACCUUGGAGUUACGUUACCGGGAACUGGUGGAACUGGCGGGACAACGUCGGGCUCGGCUGGAGGAAUCCCGGAGGCUCUGGAAAUUCUUCUGGGAUACGGGGGAGGAGGAAGCGUGGAUGCGGGAGCAGGAACGGCUCCUCUCCUCCGAGGACGUGGGCCGGGAUCUCACCAGCUCCCUGCGGUUGCUGAGCCAACACGACGCCUUCCGCGGGGAGCUGAGCGGGAGAGCGGGACCGCUGGAACAAGCGCUAGCCCGGGGUCGGGAUUUGGUAGCCGAAGGCCGUUUGGGGGCAACCGAAGUGGCCGAAAGGGUGCGGGAGAUGGAAGGCCGUUGGCGGGCGCUGGGCGAGCUGGCGGCCGAACGGGAGCGACGCCUGCGGGAAGCCGCCGGCUUCUUCCAAUUCCAAGCGGAGGCGGCGGAUAUGGAGACGUGGCUCGAGGACGCCUUACGUUUGGCUUCCAGCCCCGAACUUGGUCACGACGAAUAUUCCACGCGUAGCCUGGCCCGGCAGCACCGGGAGGUGCAGGAGGAGGUGCGGAACCACCGUCCCGCCAUCGACGCUCUGCAGGAACAGGCCGGCGCUCUUCCGCCCGCCUUCGCCGACGCUCCCGGCGUGGCCGGCCGGUUGCCGGAGCUGGAACGGCGUUACCAGGAAUUGGCUUCCCGAGCGGAACGCCGGCGGCAGGACCUGCAGGACGCCCUGAGUUUUUACACCAUGCGGAGCGAAGCGGACGCCUGCGGGCUGUGGGUGGGCGAGAAGGAGCAGUGGCUCCACGCCAUGGACGUCCCCGAGAAGCUGGAGGACCUGGAGGUGGUGCAGCAGCGGUUCGAGACCUUGGAGCCGGAGAUGAACAACCUGGCGUCCCGCGUGGCCGCCGUCAACCGCAUCGCCCACCAGCUGCUGGCCACCGACCAGCGCAACCAGGAGAGCAUCCGGGCCACCCGCGAGCAGCUCAACGCCAGGUGGGAUCGGUUCCGGGCGCUGGCCGACCAGAAGAAGGAAGCCCUGACCUCGGCCUUGAACAUCCAGAACUUCCACCUGGAAUGCAACGAAACCACCUCCUGGAUGCGGGAGAAGACCAAGGUGAUCGAGUCCACGCAGGGCUUGGGCAACGACCUGGCGGGCGUCAUGGCCCUGCAGCGCAAGCUCUCGGGCAUGGAACGCGACCUGGAAGCCAUCCAGGGGAAAGUACGGGAUUUACGAGCCGAGGGGGAAAAAUUGGCGGCCGAACACCCGGAACAGGCGCCCGCCAUCCCGGCCCGGCUCUCGGCCGUCGAGGCGGUGUGGGAUGAGUUGAGGAGCAGCUUGCGGCGUCGCGAGGAAUCCUUGGGGGAAGCCAGCAAGCUGCAGGGCUUCCUGCGGGAUCUGGCGGCUUUCCAGGCGUGGCUAUCGCGUACCCAGACGGCCGUAGCCUCCGAGGACGUGCCGGCCACCUUGGCGGAAGCCGAAAGGUUGCUGAGCCAACACGAGAGCAUCCGGAAAGAGAUCGCUCACUACGGCGACGAUUACCGCAACACGCGAGCCGUGGGGCGGGAGGUGACGCAGGGACAGACGGACGCCCAGCACGUCUUCCUGCACCAGCGACUGGAAGCUCUGGAUACGGGCUGGGAAGAACUGGGAAGGAUGUGGGAGAACCGCCAUCACCUCCUCUCCCAAGCCUUCGCCUUCCAGGUCUUCCUCCGCGACUCCAAGCAGGUGGAAGGCGUCCUCAGCACCCAGGAAUACGCUUUGUCGCACACGGAGAUGCCCGGCACGCUGCCGGCGGCCGAAGCUUCCGUCAAGAAGCACGAGGAUUUCAUGGCCACCAUGGAGGCCAACGGGGAACGCGUCCAAGGGCUGGUAGCCACCGGCCGCAAGCUGGUGGCCGAGGGAAGCCUCCACGCCGAGAAGGUGCAAGAGACGGUGGAUUCGGUGGAGAGCAGGCACCGGAGGAACCGGGAGACGGCCCAGGAGCUGCUAGGGAGGCUGCGGGAUAACUGGGAGCUGCAGCGGUUCCUGCAGGAUGGGCAGGAGCUCACGCUCUGGAUCAACGAGAAGAUGCUGACGGCGCAGGACGUGUCCUACGAGGAAGCCCGUAACCUGCACACCAAGUGGCAGAAGCACCAGGCCUUCGCCGCCGAGCUGGCCGCCAACAAGGGCUGGCUGGAGAAGAUGGAGAAGGAGGGUCAGCAGCUGGCGUCGGCGAAGCCGGAGCUGGGGACGGUGGUGACGGAGAAGCUGGCGGCGCUGCGGGGGCUGUGGGAGGAACUGGAAUCCACCACCCGGACCAAAGCGCGGCGGCUUUUCGACGCCAACCGGGCCGAGCUGUGCGCCCAGUCCUGCGCCGCCAUGGGGGGGUGGCUGGCGGGCGUCAGCGCCCAGCUGCGCUCCGACGACUACGGCAAGGACCUCACCAGCGUCAACAUCCUCCUCAAGAAGCAGCAGAUGCUGGAGACGCAGACGGCGGUGCGGGAGAAGGAGGUGGAGGCCAUGCGGGCGCAGGCGCAGGCGCUCAGCCCGGAGGACGGGGGGGCGGCCGAGGUGCGGGGCCGGGUGCGGGCGGUGGAGCAGCAGUUCCUGGGGCUGCGGGAGCCCCUGCGGGAGCGGCGCCGGAGGCUGGUGGCGUCCAAGGAGGAGCAUCAGUUCCACCGCGACCUGGAGGACGAGAUCCUGUGGGUGCAGGAGCGCCGAGCCCUGGCGUUGUCCACAGACCACGGCAAGGACCUGCCCUCGGUCCAGCUGCUCAUCAAGAAGAACCAGACGCUGCAGAAGGAGCUGCAGGGCCACGAGCGGCGGGUGGAAGAGCUGCUGGGGCGCGGCGGGGGGGCGGGGGGGCGGGCGGAGCGGGUGCGGGAGCUGCGGGAAGCCUGGCGGGAGCUGCGGCGGCAGACGGAGCUGCGGCACCGGCGCCUGGAGCUGGCCCAGGCCGCCCAGCAGUUCUACUGCGACGCCGCCGAGGCCGAAGCCUGGAUGGGGGAGCAGGAGCUGCACAUGAUGGCGCAGGAGAAAGCCAAGGACGAGCUGAGCGCCCAAGCCAUGGUGAGCAAGCACUUGGUGCUGGAGCAGGCGCUGCGGGAUUACGCCCACACCAUCCAGCAGCUCUCGGCCCAGAGCCGCGACAUGGUGGCCAGCGGCCACCCCGAGAGCGAGCGGCUGCGGCUGCGGCAGGCGCAGGUGGACAAGCUGUACGCGGGGCUGAGGGAGCUGGCGGAGGAGCGGCGCGCGGCGCUGCAGGAGCACCAGCGGCUCUGCCAGCUCCGGCGCGACCUGGACGACCUGGAGCAGUGGGUCUCCGAGAGGGAGGUGGUGGCCGCGUCCCACGAGCUGGGGCAGGACUACGAGCACGUCACGAUGCUGCGGGAUAAAUUCCGGGAGUUCUCACGGGACACCAGCAGCAUCGGUCAGGAGCGCGUGGACGCCGUCAACGCCUUGGCGGACGCCCUGAUUGCCGCCGGCCACUCGGAAAACGCCACGGUGGCCGAGUGGAAGGACGGCUUGAACGAGGCCUGGGCCGACCUGCUGGAGCUGAUGGACACGCGGUCGCAGAUGCUGGCGGCCUCCUACGAGCUGCACCGCUUCUUCCACGACGCCCGGGAGACGCUGGCGCAGGUGCAGCACAAGCAGCAGCAGCUGCCGGAGGAGGUGGGCCGGGACCUGAACACGGCGGAGGCCAUGCAGCGCAUGCACAGCGCCUACGAGCACGACAUCCAGGCGCUCAGCGCCCAGGUGCGGCAAGUGCAGGAGGACGCGGGGCGGCUGGCGAAGGCCUACGCCGGGGAGAAGGCGGCUGACAUCCGGCGGCACGAGCAGGCGGUGAGCCAGGCCUGGGCCGAGCUGCGCGGCAGCAGCCAGGGCCGGCGCCGGCUCCUCCUCGACACCGUGGACAAGUUCCGGUUCCUGCGGGCGGUGCGGGACCUGCUGCUCUGGAUGGACGGCGUCCGCCUGCAGAUCGAGGGGCAGGAGCGCCCGCGGGACGUGUCCUCGGCCGACCUGGUGAUCAAGAACCACCAGAGCAUCAAGGCGGAGGUGGAGGCCCGGGCCGACAGCUUCGACGCCUGCGUGGCCAUGGGCACCGCGCUGCUGCACAAGGGCCACUACGCUGCCGACAAGAUCUCGGAGAAGCUCUCCCAGCUGCAGGAACGUCGCCGGGACAUCGGGGACCGCUGGAAGGAGAAGAUGGACUGGCUGCAGAUCGUGCUGGAGGUGCUGAUGUUCGGGCGGGACGCCAGCAUGGCGGAGGCCUGGCUCUCCAGCCAGGAGCCGCUGGUGCGCUCGGCGGAGCUGGGCAGCAGCGUGGCCGAGGUGGAGAAUCUCAUCAAGCGCCACCAGGGCUUCCAGAAGGCGGCCGCCGCCUGGGAGGAGCGAUUCGCCGCCCUGGAGAGGCUCACCACGCUGGAGGAGAAGGAGCGGCGCCGGCGGGAGGAGGAGGAGGCGAGGAAGAGGCGUCCCCCCACGCCCCCCCCCACCGCCCAGGCCCAGCCCGGGGGGGGCCCCCCCACGCCGCUGCCCCCCGAGAGCCAGAAUGGCGGCGGGAGAGGGGGGGAGACGCAGAGGGCCCCCCCCCUGCAGAGCCGCCCCCCCGAGCCCCCGGCCGUCAACGGCAUCGGCCCCGACAGCGCCAACGCCCAGGUGCCGGCGGGGCUGAGCAAUGGGGCACAGCGCAGCCCAGGGGGGUCCCCGCGGGGGGGGCCGGGAGGAGGAGGAGGAGGAGGAGGAGGGGGGGGGGCCGCCCCCUGACCCCGCCCACGCGGCCACGCUGCCCCCCCCCCGCGGCCCCCCCGCCCCCCCCGAAAGCCUGGAGGGGGGGCUGUGCCGCAAGCACGAGAUGGAGGCCCAGGGCAAGAAGGCCCCCAACAGGUCGUGGCAGAGUGUGUACGUGGUGCUGCGGGGGGGCAGCCUCAGCUUCUACAAGGACGCCAAGAGCGCGGGGGCAGGGGCCCCCCCCUACCAUGGGGAGCCCCCCGCCCCCCUGCGCGGGGCCCGCUGCCACCCCGC